UUCACCAUACAUGUUCUGGGUAGUAAUGUAAUUUUAUAAAAGCAAAUAAUCCUGAAUAUACUUUACAAAUACGUUUCUUUCAUGGAUACGUCAUGUCAAGACCGAUUUUUGUCACCUGUUACAAUAUGGCUUUGCGUGUCUAUUCUAUUGCAUCUAUGGCAAUAAAAUAAUUUAAAUUAAAUCUAAAAGUUUUAUAGGCGUGUAAAAAAAAUGAAAAUGAAGUCAUCGUGUAUGAAGGGAAAAGGUUUUUUGCUUUCAUGGUUUGACAGAAACCAUACACACGACCACACGAACCUCUUUCUACUACAACUUCCUCCAAACUGGACCCUUGACGACUCCCUAUUUGUAAAAGUUAAAACAAAAUACAAUAUCUAUUUUGACACAAAAAUUAUCUAAAAGUAAACAUUAGUAAAGAUAUAUUAAAUCCAUCCAAAAAUCAGAAAGAUUGGUCACAGUUUUUGUGUUGUGUUAGUCAAUUAUUAUUUUCAUCAUUUUUGCUAUAAAUUACGUGGGAAAUGAAAAUUGAUCGCCCGAUGGAGGUGUGCUUAUACACACUUAAGUAUGAAGAGAACAUCCAAACAGCGCGUCAACUCUACUUGAAACUUUCAAGUGAAGGUAAUAUCAUAUUCAUCGCAGGCAAUAAGAUAUGAUGGUCAAUAAAUCAGAUUUCAAUCACUAAUACGCGUCAUUGAAACUUGAAACGUCGGUUCCGAGUAUGAUAUAUAUUUGCAUAUAAAAAAUUUACAUUAUUACACAUUUAUUACAUUAGUUUGUCACACAACGCGGCUAUAAAAAAGUAAGUAUCUGUGUGGCUUCGGAAAUUAAUAAGCGUUACACAAUAUUAAGUUGUGUAACUUACGGAGAGAGUCUCUUGCCAGUCGAUUUACUUCCGAAUUGGAUCCCCGAUCGGACCUCUGGUAAUGCGGCGAAGGUGCAGUGGUGUUGCAACUGAUGAGGGCAACAGCAGCAACCAGACCAGUCGCCACUUAGUGGUCGACUCGCGUGGUCGCGGCGCUACACCUCUCACUCGCAACCGGUUCAACAAAACUUUUGAUAAAUAAACAUGUAAGCUGCGAGUGUUGGACCAUAGACGAUUAACUUUUUCACAUUCACUAUGGAGUCGGAAAAGGAGGCGAUUCAAGUGCGCGAUGUGUCGUUCGUGAAACCAAAUUACAUGCUCAUGUCCUUGCAGAGGAUAUUAGUGUUAACUGUAAUACUAGCCGGAGUUAUUGUCGUGGUUUAUUACACGCCGAUGCCAGAGGAGUAUUUCGAGAACUGUGACCGAGAAUGUCACGAGUUGGAUUGGCCAAUGAUCUGUCGUGUGAAACUAGUCAUAGAGGUGUACAAGACGUUAAGCAAGUCCUGUGGCAGUUGCACAGAGAAGGGAGGAGGUGACUGUCCGGCAACAUGUAUAUCUGCAGAUGGAAGGGAGCGAGGCGUCCUGGUAGCCAACAGAGAGCUCCCAGCACCUACCCUCCAUGUUUGCCAAAACGACAUAUUAGUUGUGGACGUGGUGCAUCGAGCCCCAGCACACGCACUCUCUAUUCACUGGCGAGGACAACCACAGAAGGAGACUCCCUUCAUGGACGGAGCUCCAAUGUUAACCCAGUGUCCCCAGCCAGCGUACACUACAUUCCAGUACAAGUUCCGAGCGUCGGCGGUGGGUACUCACAUGUACCACGCGCACUCCGCUGCUGACGCCGCAGACGGCCUUGCCGGCGCCUUCGUUGUCAGACAGUCUCCACGACUAGAUCCUCUAAAGAAACUUUAUGACGUAGAUGCCACAGAACACACAAUCUACGUAUCCGAAUGGGGCCAUUCAAUGGGACCUCUGGCAGGAGUUAUAUCGCGUAUACCUAACGCAGAAUCACUUCUAAUCAAUGGCAAGGGAAAAUCAUUUGAAUCUCCUGACGCUCCGCUGUCUUCUUUCAAAGUGGAACAUGGUAAAAGAUACCGAUUCCGUCUGGCGUAUGGCGGUGGUUCGAAGAGCUGUCCUAUUCAGUUUUCAAUUGAUCAUCAUUCAUUGGAAGUCGUGGCUUUAGAUGGUCAUCAAAUUGAAACAAAGCGAGUGCGCACGAUAGAGUUAGGUAGGGGUGAAAGAGCUGACUUCAUAUUGGAUGCUCGAAGAGUGCCUGGAGUGUAUAAAAUAAAAGUAGUUGCAGUCAAGGAUUGUCAAGACAAUUUAGAAGGUUUAGCAACCUUAGUGUAUGACAAUAAAGAUAAAACAGUGAUACAUAAACAGGACACAGUUGGUACCAAUGUGUUCCGGGAGUUAACAACAGUGUCUAGUGAACGUUGUGAUUCUGAGGAUGUGUUAUGUUUGCGCGAGCUCCACGCGGCUGACAAGCUGCCUGCCGAGUUGGCCGACAAUCUGGACGAGAUAAUUUAUGUGCCUUUUAAUUAUUCUACGAGGCAAAUUUCGGCGAAACGAGUCGAAAGUUGGGGUCAGACCGACGGGCACCGGUUCACGUACCCUGCAUCUCCGCUCCUCACGCAGGGUGGUGAUGUAGGUUCCAGUGCCUUCUGCUCCUCCGAACCGGGACAUGGAGACGAAUGCGUGCACGUCAAGAAUGUGCCUCUUCAAGCUACUGUGGAGCUGGUCAUGUUCGAUCAAGGAGGAGAAUCUGACCACAUCUUCCACCUGCACGGGUACAGCUUCUACGUAGUGGGCAUAAGAGAGCUGAACAGAAGCUAUGAUAAAGAAACAAUCAAGAAGUUGAAUGAAGAAGGCACGCUCUUCGAUAAAAAUCUAGAAGACCCAGUCCUGAAAGACACGAUAGUUAUUCCGAAAUUUGGAGCUGUUGCUUUACGCUUUAAGGCUGAUAAUCCAGGGUUCUGGAUGAUGAGGGACGAAAGGUCCAGCCACUGGACCCGAGGACUGGACUUCAUCCUGAAGGUCGGAGAGGAAAGGGACUUUGUUCAAGCCCCACCAGACUUUCCCAAAUGUGGGUCCUACGUCGGUCCCGAAUACUUCCUUAUAUAAAACGGACCCCACGUCAUUAAUAAAGUUACCUUUUAGAUUGUAUUACUGCUCAAUUUAUUUAUUUGAUUUGUGAUAUGUUUGUGUAGGUUAUUAUUUUUGUUCAGCUGAAUUGGUUUUCGAUUGAAGGACAAAUAAGGCUUAGAUAGCGGAAUAGGAAAUAUGAUAUCAAAACUUGAAGAAAUUGACUUCAGAUGAGAAAUGUAUUACUUUUGCCUAGUGUAGAUCUAUUGAAUUAAAAAUAUAUUUCCUAUAAGUUAGGUUUUGUAUUACCAGGGUAAUUAGAAACUUAUUUACGUGAUAAUCAUGCUAAUCUUCGUCACCUUUUACCACUACCGCCGCCGGUGUAACAACAAAUGUUUAACAUUGAACUUUUCCUACUGGAAAUAGGCGUCAAGAUAAAUACAAUCACUGUACCAAUAGAAAGCUGUCAAACUGUUAAAAUCUAAUAAGAAUAACAACUCAUUUGUAAGCGGCUAUUACUGUGUCGACAAUAAAAAUCUUUACGAUAAGUACUUAUACACAAUUUACACUAAUUUUAGAAUUGUAAAUAAAAAUAAAUAUUUCUUAAGUAAAA